UGAAAGUAAAGUUGAGAAUUUCGUUGAACAAAUCACAGAUAAACUUAUUGAGAAUGAAACACGUUUUGAAAAAACGCUAAGGGAACAGAAUAACGUGGCUCAAACUAAACUGCAGAAUAUGAAUGAAAAACCUGAGCUUUCUCAAGUGGUUCAGGCGUUGGAGGAGAAUUUAAAAUCGAUCAGCUAUAAACAAUAUGUUCCUCAAGGAUCGACUCCUCAGAGGAUCAGCAAGGACCAACUCCAGUAUCCGAGGAAGUUUGUCGCCACUGCACCGAGGAUGGAGUUGGUGAGGAAACUGAGAGAGAAGUACCCAGAAGCUGAAUCUGUACCCAAUGAAAACCUGAACUUUAAGGAGUAUUUGCCUGCAGACCCGUUUUUCAAUGGAGACAUUCCAGUUACAACUGAAAAAUCCACUGGCAGUAUUGGAUCUACUGGAGACAGACGCACCGAUUCCUCCACCCACUCCACGCCGAGGGCUGGCUCAGGACUGGGCCGCAGGUCUACCUCCAUGCCAGACUUGAAUGUAACAGACGAUAAUAAAGAAAACAUGAGAACUAGGAGUGCAAGGAGACCAACCAAAUCCAAAAUACCGGACCUUGUCAUUCCAAAAAAGAAGAAUAUCCUGGGACCUGCACAAAAUUUUGCCUGAAAAAUCUGUACAAAACCUUAUAUAAUAAUAGUUAAUAGAUAUUAAGUUUGAAAAAAUAUUAUUAUAAAAAAAAAAUGUAUAAAUGUAGUUUUAUCUCUUGCUUGUGAAAUGUGGUUAAUGUAGCAUAUUUGUAUAUUUAUUACUCUACACUUUUUUAAUGCUCUCUGAUGUUUUGUAAAUACUGUGAUUUUACUUUUUUAUCCUAAUAAACAUUCAUUAUUUUAUUUA